AUGCCAUUCACGAGAGCGCGAUCGCAGCUGCCAAACAACAGUGUGACGGUGAACUCGACACCAUCUCGCCGCUUCCCAGGCCUCACUCCCCAUGCCUCCAGCUUCUCUCUGCUCACAUCUGGCCUCCUCAUCCUCAUCGCGCUCGUUGCAGCGAGGCGCAUCGUGGCCAGCCGCCUUCGGUCUUUGGCCUGCAGAGACAGAUUUUCCCGGAAGGAUUACGAUCAAACCCCCUUAGCGCGUCCUAGUGGGUUUGCGCCAGGGAACAGGGUUGUUCUGGGGGACCGUAAGCAACGGCAGGUUAUUACUUGGAUGGCGGCUUCGGAUUCAACCAUGGAAGAGUCACGUGGAGUCAGCAGUGAUGACCCUGCGGCCGUCUUAAGGACUCAAACGCCCACCACAGCUGGGGGCGAGCUGAGACGCCCUGGCUCCCCCCCUGCACCCGAGUCUGGCCUUGCCGAUGGAGCCGGGAACGAAAAGUCAACAAUGGACGGCGAAGGCUGGCCUGGAACGCACGCAGAUGCAGUAGAGAGCAACACAUCCCACACUGGCGGCGUCGAGGCCGUUUUUAAGAGGCCCCGAUCACCUCGGGACGUGUCGAUGCCCAGACAAUUCAUAUAUCGGCCCUUCCCGAUGCCUCCUCCUUUUACCCCUCCGACCUUUGUUGAUACUAGCGCCCAUAGCGGCCAUUAUCCAACGGGAAUGGACCCUUGUCCCUCGGAGCCCUCGGGGUAUCCCACAAACAUCCCGCCCUCUCUCGCGCAUCAGCACCACGAGGAUCCCAUGGCAUCCCCUUCUCCUUCCUCAGGCAGGAGAGACUUACCGUCACUUCCGAGAAGACGGAGCUACACGAGAAGCAUUCCUAUCAACAUCGCCAUACCCGCAACCCGGGAGCUAGACCAGACGGAAGCGGAUGUUUCAUAUCCCAGUUUCGCUCCUGCCUCGUACCCCCCGAGAUCCCCACUGAUGCCGCCACCUCCCCCGGGACAUCACAGUGGUCAUGCUCACGCGGAAGAUGACUCUCCAAGGCAUAUCAAUGUCCACGGCGAGAUCAUAUCCUCCGUGGACGAGAACGGAGUGGGUUGGACACGGCAUACUAGGAUAUAUGGUGGAGGCCCAUGUUUGGCAUGUGAAGCCGCUGGCGGCGGCGGUUUCUACGGUGCAACCGUCCCUCCAGAGCACCGGAGAUAG